CCGCCGACUUGUUCCGUCAGUGCGCCUGCGUGUGCUUCGCGUGCCGCGGUUCUUGACUGUGCUGAGGCGGGCUCCGGGUGUAGCCAUGCAGACAGCCGAGUGUGAGCAGCGCUCUAAGCGACCCCGAAGCGAUGGAAGCCCAAGAACCCCACCGAACUCUCCCUCAAGGGCACACUGGACCGUGGGCCCAGAAUUGCACGCGGACCACCAGACGUGGAACGCGGAGCAGGUGUGCUGCUUCUUAGAGCAGAAUGGCUUCAACCAGCCCUCACUGCUGAAAAACUUCCGAGACAAUAAUAUCACAGGUUCAUUACUGCAUUUUCUUGAUGAAACUCUGCUUGAAAAUCUUGGAGUAAGUUCUUUGAUCCAGAGGAAGAUGCUGCUUAAUUUUAUCCAACGACUGAGUGUAAUUUAUGUUGAUACAAUGAAGGUAAUUAAUGAUCCUGUCCAUGGCCACAUAGAGUUCCACCCUCUCCUCAUCCGAAUCAUCGACACGCCUCAGUUCCAGCGGCUGCGGUACAUUAAACAGUUGGGAGGCGGUUACUACGUCUUUCCAGGAGCAUCCCAUAACCGCUUUGAGCACAGUUUAGGGGUAGGAUAUCUAGCGGGAUGUCUAGUUCGUGCACUAUUUGAAAAACAACCCGAACUGCACAUAACGAAGCGAGAUAUGCUCUGUGUUCAGAUUGCAGGGCUGUGCCAUGAUCUUGGUCAUGGACCAUUCUCCCAUAUGUUUGAUGGAAGGUUUAUUCCCCUGGCUCGCAAAGAGAAGAACUGGACGCAUGAACAGGGCUCAAUCGACAUGUUCGAGCAUCUGGUGAAUUCUAAUGGACUCAAAGCUGUCAUGAAACACUAUGGUCUUGUCCCUGAAGAAGAUAUCUGCUUUAUCAAGGAACUCAUUUUAGGGUUGCCAAAGUCCUCUCUUGAAGAGUCGUCGUGGCCCUAUAAAGGGCGUCCCAAAGAGAAAAGCUUUCUUUAUGAGAUCGUGGCGAAUAAAAGAAAUGGCAUCGACGUAGACAAGUGGGAUUACUUUGCCAGGGACUGCCAUCAUCUGGGGAUCCAGAACAACUUUGAUUACAAGCGCUAUAUUUUGUUUGCCCGUGUCUUAGAAGUAAAGAAUAAUAAGCAGAUUUGUACUAGAAACAAGGAGGUUGGAAAUCUCUAUGACAUGUUCCACACUCGCAACUCUUUGCAUCGCAGGGCUUAUCAACACAAGGUUGGCAACAUCAUCGACACCAUGAUCACAGAUGCUCUCCUCAAAGCCGACCCUUACAUAAAGAUUCCAGGUGCUAAUGGGAAGAUGUACCGCAUUUCCACAGCCAUUGAUGACAUGGAGGCCUUCACCAAGCUCACAGAUAACAUCUUUCUGGAGAUCUUAUACUCUACUGAUCCUAAUUUGAGUGCAGCACGAGAGAUUUUAAAAAAUAUUGAAUACCGGAAACUGUACAAGUUUGUGGGAGAGACUCAGCCAAAGAACUCCAAGAAUAUUAUGAAGGAAGAAUAUGAGGAACUUCCCGAAGAGGUCGCCAACGCUAAGCCUAUUAAUGUACCUAUCAAGGCUGAGAUGAAGGCUGAGGAUUUCGUCGUGGACGUGAUCAACAUAGAUUAUGGGAUGCAAGAGAACAAUCCAAUUGAUCACGUUAACUUCUACUGUAAGAGCAACCCCAACCAUCCAAUCACUAUUGACAAAUGUCAGGUCUCACAGUUUCUGCCAGAAAGCUUCGCUGAGCAGCUCAUCCGAGUAUACUGCAAGAAAGACGACAAGGAGAGCCUGUAUGCAGCUCACCAGCACUUUGUUCAGUGGUGUGUGAACCGGGACUUCGUCAAGCCGCAGGAUGGUGACAUCAUCGCACCACUCAUCACCCCGCAGAAAAAGGAGUGGAACUACAAGAAUUCUACAAGUCCCAGCACUCGCCCCCAGGGAGCCAGGAUGCAGCUCUUCAGUGACAACAUGGAGUGAGUGCCUGUGGCAUCCGUCCUCACACAGACCCUUUGGGAGAAUUCUGUCCAGGCCCCAUGAAUGUAGCUAACUGUUACUGCUUUUUAUUUGCUGUUGUCAACAUGCGCACAAACUCAGCCAAGAGAUUUUUAAAGAAGCCAGGAGGGUCACGGCCAGUCUUGCUGUGCAUCCCAUGAGAAGCAUUAGCUUGAGCAUUUUUUAAAUGUUAAUGAAAACCUUUCUCCUUCUGCAGUCUAUUUUCUUAGGACAGCUCUUUAUCCACCUUGAACUCUUAAGGACAGAUGAUUGUUUUUAAUUUAGAAAUGAGACAAGGCUCCUCAUUGAAAUCAAAAGUUGGAAAUUGGGAUUGUCAUGGACACACACGGGGUUAAAAUCAGAACCUAAAGUCACAGCUGCCACGUUUGCAGGUAGCCAUCCAUGGGCAAUCUAAACUCAGGAGAGAGAGGACCCUCUUCUUUGAGCUUCUGAAGGCUGCCCAGUUGAAUUGAGCAGUAGAAGUCAAGGGCCAGGCCUAGGGGAGCUAGUGAGAGGAUCCAGGGCUCUGGCCUCCUGCUGUGUAAAGCAUAGAACACCACCUGGGAUUCCCCGGGUAGAGGAGCCCCUGAAACGAGACUGCUCGUUGAAUCAGUCCCAGCUGGCUUCCAUCAGGACUGGCCUCAGCCCUUCCCGUCCUCCCGAUGGCAGCCUCAUCCUGAGCUGGGCAGAGGUUGUGUCACAUGCCGUCCUCUGGCCUGCUCACAGCUGGCACUCCAUUUUUUACUGACUUAGUAUAUUUUGCAGAUUUUAGCUCAAGGGCUAGACUGCCUGUGCUGAGCCUCGUGAUUCCUCAGGAGGUUCCAGCUCCCCUCUUUCCCAGACUGAGUGGGCACACUGUGUCUAAGCAGUGUCCCUGUGCCCAGCACCCCUAGCAGGCCUCAUGGUAGGCACCCCUGAGCUUUGGGUUCUGGGCUCUGGGCUCCAGGUCUGUAGUUAAAAACCCAGACUCCCUCACCCCAGCCCAGCAGCCUCCCUUCCUGGGGGCAGAGCGGGGCACAGUGCCCUGCACCCUAGUGGGCUGUUCAGAAAGGGUCAUGGGUGAAUGCCAUGGUACAAUGUUGGUUUCGGUGAAUGGAAAAAGCAAAUGUGCACUUUUUUUUCUUUCGUCACACGCACAGUUUACAUGAACUUUUGGGAGACCCCCCCCCUCUCCCUUAGAACCAGAGUGUCCCGUGCACACUCAGUCGUGGAGGAUCAAGGGAACUGUAGUUCAGGAGCAGAGAAGCCCCCCUGCUCAUCCACUCCCUCACCUACCAUCCCCGACGCACUGUGGGGUGGCUGCGGGAGCGGGUCACCAAGGUGCUUUAGGAUUCGGGGCAGAGCCCAGCGAUGGGGCUCGGCUUCCUCGGGCCAAGCAAACCUGAUGUCAAGAAUGUGAUCUUCCUGCCAAUCCUUCCGUCUGCCACCCUGCCCGUCCAACCCUUGUAGUUGACUCUGAAUGUUGCUGUCCUAAUACUGGAUCAUUGUACUAUCCCGAAUCUGUUUGGUUGGUGUCUUUUGUUACUUUUGUUUGUUUGUUUUAAUCUCUGCUGUUUGUAUACAAAUAGAGAUUUGAACAAUUUGUUGUUUGGAGUUGCAGAACACUGUCACCUUCAGAAUGUAAAUAGAAGGGCAAGUUGUGACGGGGCCACCCCUGGCUGCAGUAAAGCCUUCUGAAUGUGA